UGUGUUUGCGUAAUACGCAACGGGGAAAUGUUAUAUUGUACAGUUAUUGGCAGCAGAAGAAACGAAUAAGUAGCACUAGUGGAGUGAAGUGGAGAGAGUGAGAGAGCGAGUGUGUGUGAGAUCCUUUUUCGUCGAGUUAUCGAUAACGGAAUGCGAUUGCCAAAAAGGGCCAUUUAAAUCGUGUACAGCAAUACACCCUUGAAGCUAAAUGUGUGGCUGAAGUGUAAAAUUUACAGUCAACUCGUGCCAAAAAGAAAGAAAAGGGCUCACCUGCCCAUGUUCGCACAUGUUUGUGGCGGAGUGAAUACGAAUUUGGUGAAACAAAUUUAAAGUAGUGCGGUGCUAAUUGUGAGGCGAAAGUGAAGCUCAAAAACAAAUUUAUUUACGUCGUCAGAACAAAAAAAUAGUUUUGCGUCGUUUAUGCAUCAUCAAAUUUAGACGAACUUUUAAUUGUCCGUCGGCAUAAAAAUAACAGUCGUAUUGUUUGAUGACAGUGAGUUUUUCGUGAACGUAAUAGGAAAACAGAAACGUUUUCUCAAUUGAAUCGCAUUAAUAUAUCCAAUUCUGAUGUAUUUCGAGUGCAAAAACCCAGUGUUUGCGUGUACAGGUAAAUGUACAACUACCGACGGAUGUUUGAAAGAAAUCAGAAGUAAAAUAGUGCACUAAACUGCAUUACGACGCGGUUUGUAAACAAGGAAGUGAGUAAAAAGGAAGAGUUUCUCCCGUUUGGCAACACUGCCUCCGAUGGAUAGUUUGCGUGCAUUGAGAAGCGAAGUUACCGACGGGAUGGUGUAAACGAUGACACUGUCCUGGCAAUCAAAACAUCCUCUAGCAGUAGCGAAUACGGUGCACGAUUUGGUUCAGUAGAAGUGGAAUUCUCGUACUUGUGGUACAUUUUGUGUGUAAACAGAAGUAGUUGAAGGCAGUUAACGGGCCACCGUAAGAAAAAAACCCUUAUCAAAAUGUCGGUACAAGCGAAAAGGCAACACUGUUACCUGUGCGAUUUGCCCCGGAUGCCGUGGGCCAUGAUACACGACUUUUCUGAGGCUGUGUGUCGCGGUUGCGUCAACUAUGAGGGCGCGGAUCGGAUCGAGCUGGUGUUGGACACAGCCCGCCAGAUGAAGCGCAUCCAUUCGGCAGCUAGUGGUGGCGGAGCGGGCGGUGGCGGUGGUAGUAGCAGCGGCAAACGUGGUCACGAAAAUGGUGAACUGUCACAUCGGUCCGUACCGACGGCCGCCGGACCGCAUCACUAUUCCGUCCGGACGGGUCCGACACUGGUGGACUUUACGCCGAAGCACGAACCACACGACAUUGCCAGUGUGCGGGCUGGAGCCCGUAUGCAGCAGCAUAUUCCACCGCACCAUAUGGCACCGCACGGUCCCGGCCGGCAGCAGGUUCCGCCGGCCCUGUCGGUGAAUCUUAAGCGGCCACCGCCGGACGAUGACGAUCACCAGAUGGAGGGUCCGACUGGGAGUGCGAAGCGUGGUGCAGAUGAUCCGACCGUGGCCAUACAGCGGCCACCGUUGACGCGGGGCGAAUCGUUACCGGCUGUACCGUUCGUGCCGGACCGUCAGCCGAGCUACAAGGAUAAACAUCCGGUGCGAACAGCAUCGUUCGAUACGGCCGCAUUUAAGGCACUUGACCAGAAGCAACAAAACGUGGGGAUUUUUGUGAACGCCCCAGUAAUGCCCCGAGUCUAUCCGAACGUGAUACCGAUAGCGCCCGCAUCGAUGGGGGUCGGUGGGGGUGGCGGCGGUGGUGGUGGCGGCGGCGGCGGGGGCGGCGAUAGUACACCACCGGCACCGUCCGUCGCACCGUUGCAAAGCCCGAUGGCGAACCUAAUGUCGAUCACCGAGACCCUUCCGCCCGGCAGUCCCCGCAAUGGGCCAAGCCCACCGGGCCCACCGCCACCGCGGACAGCGUCCCGCGGCUCACAGCAUUCGCCGAACAGUUCCGGUUCAUCGAGUGGCCGAAGAUCUUCCGGUUCUAGGCAUGUGUCCAGUACGACGGUAACGUCGUCCGAAGCACAGCAACCAAACUCCUCGCUUCCGGGUAGUGGCGGUUCGACGACACCGAACGGUGGUAGCGCCGGUGGGCCAAAUGGUGGCAACGGAAACACGCCACCCGUUGCCAUGGGUCCACUCGGGCCGGGUCAACAAAUGUCCCAGCAAGUACCUCCACCACCGCCACAGUCACAGUCCCAAUCCCAAGGUGGACCACCGGACGGCGUUCCUCCAGGGCUGGGCGGUAAUGCCGGUUCCGGUGCGAAUGCUCCCGGUGGACCCAAUGCAAGUCCCGCCCCACCCGGCACUGGCGGACCACCUGGCAGCGGUCCCGGUAGUGGUGCCCCCGGGGGAGGUGCCGGCGGACCGGGCAGCGGAGGUCCGGGAGGUCUUCCUCCACCGCCCGGAUCGGCACCGAGCAAUGCACCACCCGGCACGGCACCGGCACCUGCACCAAACCCGACGCUCAAAUGCACACUGUGCCAGGAAAGGCUCGAAGACACGCAUUUCGUACAGUGUCCGUCGGUUGGUCACCAUAAGUUCUGCUUCCCCUGCAGUCGGGAGAGCAUCAAACGACAGGGCUCCGGUGCGGAAGUGUAUUGUCCGAGUGGGGAAAAGUGUCCGCUGGCCAACUCGACGAUACCGUGGGCAUUCAUGCAGGGUGAGAUCGCGACAAUUUUGGGCGAAGAGCUGAAGGUAAAGAAGGAGCGCGAAACGUAGAGAAGUCGGUACACCGUUGCCAACAGUGUCGCUGGCCCUGCGUGCACGGGAAGAUACACCACAAACACCACCUACACCACCACCAGUGGUAGCUGCAGCAGCGGCGGUUCAACGUCCACGGUUGCCGUUGGACCCAUUCCAUCGGUUUCGGUUGGCGAAUCCGGCGAAUAUUACGCAUCGUCCCGGAUGUCCGUCGAUGUGUACGAUGAAGUGCAUGCGUGUGAGGAUGAUGAGAUGGAUGUGCGAGUCGAGCGGGUCGGUAGGGUAUCACCGAACGAGGGACCAGAUCACCACCGAUCAAUGGUACCCGUCUAUGCUGGCGGAAGGCGCGAUAACGAGCAUACGGUGCAAUCGCAUUCGGUUGAUACAGCUCCACCGCAGCAACAGCAGCCAUGGGAGACGGAUUUCUAUCAGCAAUCGCAACCUCAACCAUCAUCGAUCCCACAGCAGCGGUACGAUCGUCAAUUACGAUCGCAUCGACACUUGCGGCAUCAGCAGCGUUGAACGUCACACGGUGUAUCCUAUUUUGUAUGCGCCUUCUAAUGCGGCAUGGUGUAUCGCACACUGGCGGGGGGCACAGCUACAGUGAAAUGUUGGACAACGGAAUGUGGCGUCUCGGGAGCGCGCGUUCGCGCUCAAAGCAUUGUUUUGUCUUCUGUGUUUUAUAAAAACGAAGGAAGAAAUAUCCAACACAACUUCGGAUUGUAGAUAGUUUUUUGGAGGAUACCGCUCCGCUCCAAGAAGGUUUGGCCGGUGUGUAGCGCCAUCAUCAAACGAAGGAGCAGUAAUCUUUUUUGGUAGUUUUUAAUGUAUUAUUUUUAAUUGAACCUCGACCGUACGCGGAAAGAAGCUGGCUGGGAAAAAAAAUGUUUUGGACCCACACUAACCACGGCAUGUGAAUUGCAUCCCGGUUUUAGGAUUCAUUGUAAAUAGUUUUGAGCAUUGGUAGAAACAAACGUGAAAUGAAGGAACAGUUUCAAUUUCAAAUGAAUAAGACAUAGGAAAAGGGAGCACCCUGGUUUGAACUGUUUGGUAGCAAUUAACGUUAACAAUCAGCGAGCGAUGGAAGAUUCUUUCCGUAGGCGAUCUAACAACCCUUCUGACGCAAGCAAACCAAACCCUUUUCCCUAGAACCCUUCUUUUUCGAUGGCAAUGUUUUGUUGCUUCAAUGAAGGGAAAAAGGAAUUGGAUUGUUGUUGGGUUCGUUCCUGCAAAAAGUACAACGGUUAUAUUUCAUUUUUUUAUUUUAAGCUAAAGAACGAAGGAUAUUGGUUCAGUUUGUGGCAAAGAAGAAAUGAUUUAUGUGAGAUAUAGUGUACAGCACGGAUUGUUCAAGUUUUUAAAAGGAUUUUGUUUUAAACUGUUUUUUUUUCUUACGUGUGAGCGUGCUUGUAUAUCGUGCAGCAUCAUCCUUAGCGACUAUUCGGUACUGUUGAUAGUGUUUGAAUUGCGGAUCGAACUCCGCUUGCAUGCAAACAUUCGUACAAUGCAGUGAACGGGAGAUGGGGUUUCCUUUUUGUCUCCUGGAUGUGUAAAAGCCUUUCUCGAUGGAUGAAGUUUUGUGCAAAUAUAGAAUAAGCAAGCCUUGGUUAUGUGUGUACUGUGAGCUGUUCGAGAUGAUCUUCAGCGGUCCUAAGAAUCAUUGACGUUUUGCUGUAUAACACCACCGGACAGAGAGGACACAAAUGAAGAAAAUGGCACCUGAAUGAGGAUGAUGGUUCAUUACUUUGUGUGAAAGCCCAUUUGAUUGAUUGCCGCGCCAAUGGUUUGGUUGUGGAGCAUAUUUGUGCUCCGUAGUGAAGUAUUGCCAAAAGAGGCGUAUGGUUGGCAACGGAUGAUGCUAUCUAUGUAUCAGACCACAUUUGGAGCGCUAGGAGCGUAGCUACCGAUGGUUUUUCAGAAUAAAUAAAAAGGAGACCCAGAACGCUUGAAAUCAGAGAUAUGUACCGGAAGCAUACGGACAAUGGUACGCAGGAGCUAUAACUCGAUUUUUGCGAGUUUACUAUAAGUUGAGCAUGCUUCACUUGCAAUUUUAUAUACAUACGCAUAAGUACCCAUGCAUUCAUUGAAGAAUUUUGUACCAUUAAGCAGAAGAGAAAGAGAGAGAAAAAAAAACAGUGCAAAAGGUGGAAGCGCAACGUCGAGUAAGGCAGAACAGUUUUAGUUUUAUUAUGUACGUAUUUAUAACUGUAGUUGACGAAUGAUCGUUUAUUUAAUGUUUUGAAUUCGCAAGUUGCAAGUGGAAACACACAUUUUCCUUAAACAAAGCAUCCCCCGAUUCCCUUCCCCCUUAGAUAUCUCCUUCAGCAAUUGUACAUACAUACGCGAACAAUACGAUCGCAACGUAAGGAGAACGUUAGUGUAUAAGUUCAUUGUAAGUUUUUUUCUUUACAAAACACACAUUGUAAUGUACUGUUUUUUUUUAAUUAAAUUACUAUCAGUUACACUGUUCGAUGCUAUUGAGAAGAGAAUUAAAUUUGCAUUAUAUAACGCGUGACAAAAAAACAGGUUGAAAUGGAGAAGAAGCGUUAAUGGAAACACGAUCGAGUGAUGGUGAUCGUGAACACGUGAAGCGAAAAGAGACGUACUAAUGGAAUACAAAAUAUUGCAAAUACAGUGAAAAUUAAUUAUUUUCUUC